UGAAUGUAAUUGGCUCCUCGUCUGAAAGAAGUAGUCCCGGAUGUCCUGGUAGUCUGCGUAUAUAAUGAAGUUAAGGCGGGACGACCAGUUUUGAACAAGAUAAGGUAAAGCGCAUUUUAGCUGUGAUCUGCGUGUCGGCAUAGCAGUAAUACAAUGGCUGGUGGCAAGGCUGGGAAGGAUUCCGGAAAAACUAAAACAAAAGCCGUUUCGCGGUCCCAGAGAGCAGGCUUGCAGUUCCCCGUGGGCCGUAUUCACAGACACCUGAAAUCCAGGACGACCAGUCACGGUCGCGUUGGGGCGACUGCAGCCGUCUACAGUGCAGCUAUUCUGGAAUACUUGACUGCUGAGGUGCUGGAGUUGGCGGGAAACGCCUCUAAGGACCUGAAGGUGAAGCGCAUCACGCCCCGCCAUCUGCAGCUGGCCAUCCGCGGGGACGAGGAGCUCGACUCACUCAUCAAGGCCACCAUCGCUGGAGGAGGAGUCAUCCCCCACAUCCACAAGUCUCUGAUUGGCAAGAAGGGACAGCAGAAGACCGUAUAACCCCGCCUCCACGGUCAGGUCAUCUCAGGACAACAGCGGCGUCUCCGAAGGACCUAGAACGUUCUUUCUUUUAAGACUGUUUUAAAGGUGGGGGGGGUGGUAGGGGAGGGAGAAGAGGGUUGUCCUCUGCCCCUGUUCAUUCUGGGUUUUUUUGUUUUGUUUUUUUAAAGGAAGGUUGGCUUCAGAGAAGCUGGGAUUUUCCAUUUUAAGAUUCAUGUUCAGGUACCGAGCUGGGGGGUGUGGUAAAGUGGGGGGUGAGGGGUGUGCGGUUUGACUGAAGUGACUUCCUGGAAAUAAAGGUCAAUAAGCACUCCUCUGCCUCUGAACUUCCUUUCCUGGGGUGUGCCAGUUUGUGUGAUGCGGACAGGACAGAUUUAGUAACUAGAAAAGGGGAGUUCCUCUAAUCACAAAGUAAGCUUUCUGACUACUUCAGGGCACGCUUUGGGUUUACAGGAAGUGUCAGCCAGUCACAAUGGCUGUUGUUUAUUAGCUGACACCAAUGUACUUUCUGAUUGGAGGUCCUCUGGUGGGCUGUGUUGUAUACCAUUAAAGGUCUGAAGUGUAAUAGGAAA